AAGGUGUUAACAUCCUGAGAAGAGAGAGAAAAGAGAUCGGACCGAAGCGACGUUUCCGGUGAUGGCUGUAGCUUCCUCUGCCACAUACAGCCCAACAGACGCCUGCUUUGAUCCACCGCCACCGCUCCCGCUCUCUGGCGAGCAGCUGAAACACUGCUCUGAAGCACUCGCUUUCUUCAAGAAGAAGCUCAAAACCCCUGUCAAGAUCCAUCAAGAGUUUGAUCGCCUCCAGGAGGAGUUGAGGAUUACCGAGGGUGAGAUGAUGAGAAAGUGUUCUGUGGCGAUGCAACAUGUAAAUUUACAGAAAAACCGUUACCCGGAUGUUUUACCAUUCGAUGGCAACCUGAUCACUCUCAGUUCUACGAGGGAAAGCAGCUCGAAGGGGAAUGGUUAUAUCAAUUCAAGCUUUAUUGGGGUUGCUCCUGGUGAAAAUGUUUCACAGUUUAUUGCUACUCAAGGUCCACUUCCUGAAACAUUGGAAGAUUUCUGGGAAAUGAUAUUUCAGUAUCGUUGUCCUCUAAUUGUAAUGCUAACCCUUACUGAUAAUCACGAGAUUAUGAAAAAAUGCGCCGAUUAUCUUCCAGCAAACAAUGGGUGUGGGCAAUUUGGGAGAAUCAGUGUUGAGAUCAAGCAUACAAGUUAUGUUUCUUCAUUAGUUCUUCGCUACUUGGAGGUGAAACACAGAGAGUUGGUGAAGCCAGCCCUUUCUGUUCUCCAUAUCCAACAUCUUGAAUGGCCUGAUCAUGGAGUGCCCGGUGAUACUUCAGCAGUUCGAGAAAUUUUUAAAAGGACAUAUCAUGUCCCACCCAAAGAUGGUCCUAUUGUCGUGCAUUGCAGUGCAGGUAUUGGAAGAACCGGUACAUAUUGUGCCAUACACAACACAAUCCAAAGGGUUCUCAUUGGUGAUAUGUCUUCCUUAGACCUCAUGAAAACUGUUGCUGAGUUCAGAUCUCAACGGAUUGGGAUGGUCCAGACAUUGGAGCAAUACUUCUUUUGUCACGAUGCAAUUGUGGAUGAAAUAGAGGAUCUUAUCCAAAAGUCGAAAUCAGAAACUCAUGAAGGGAUAAACAGCCUUGAAGCACUACGGUUUCCAGCACAAGUCCCAGAUAUUCCACCGAGAGCUUAAAAGAGUUCGAUCGGAUCCGAUCCGAGAUCUAUUCCCUUUAGUUUGGACAUUGUUGAUUUUCCAAAUCGAGAGGAUUCUUUGUUUGUAGGUGGUAUCUGUGGGUGAUUAGUUAAGCAACUAAGUUAAUUGAUUGGUUGUGAGUGAUAGUGUUGUGUCCAUUGCUUUGUCUUGUAUAACAUGCCAUAAUAUCGAAUCAGCUUCUUGUUAAAUC